AUGCAGCUCUCUCUAGCCCUGUGUCUCGUAUGCCUGCUGGUGCACACAGCCUUCCAUGUGGUGGAGGGUCAGGGAUGGCAGGCCUUCAAGAAUGACGCCACGGAAAUCAUCCCUGAGCUCGGAGAGUACCCUGAGCCCCCGCCAGAACUGGAGAACAAGACCAUGAACCGGGCGGAAAACGGAGGGAGGCCUCCCCACCACCCCUUUGAGGCCAAAGACGUGUCCGAGUACAGCUGCCGGGAGCUGCACUUCACCCGCUACGUGACGGACGGGCCGUGCCGCAGCGCCAAACCGGUCACCGAGCUGGUGUGCUCGGGCCAGUGUGGCCCCGCGCGCCUGCUGCCCAAUGCCAUCGGCCGCGGCAAGUGGUGGCGCCCGAGCGGGCCCGACUUUCGCUGCAUCCCCGACCGCUACCGCGCCCAGCGGGUGCAGCUGCUGUGUCCCGGCGGCGCGGCAGCGCGCUCGCGCAAAGUGCGCCUGGUGGCCUCUUGCAAGUGCAAGCGCCUCACCCGCUUCCACAACCAGUCGGAGCUCAAGGACUUCGGGCCCGAGACCGCGCGGCCGCAGAAAGGUCGGAAGCCCAGGCCCCGCGCCCGGGGCGCCAAAGCCAACCAGGCGGAGCUGGAGAACGCCUACUAGAGCCCGCCCGCCGCCC